AUGUUUGGCAAAACUAACCCACAAGUUUCCUUUUCCUCUUCUCAUAUCUCCGCCGCCGCUUUUGCUUUGCCAUCUUUCCUCCCAAAUCUCGCCGUAAUUUAUCUCGAUUCUCGCCGAUCCUGUUGUCUUCGCCGUUGGAUUUAUGCCUCUAAAGUAAAACAGAAUGGACUAAGCUUGCAAGGAAGCGGCAGCGAGAUUCUAUUGUUGAAAAGAUCUUGCAAGGAACUCUUGUCACUUGUGGCUUGUGGACAACUUGGCUAA